CAGGAGAAAGGGAUCAACAAGAAGACCGCGAGCCAAUUAAAAAGACAUAAAAAAAACACAAUUAACUUACUAAUACGCGCGCUGUACUUCUCGUUAAACAGAAGAAGUGCGACCCUGCGCUCGCGUGCAUAGGAAAGCCCUCAAAGUUCGGUCCUCACCAAAGAAUGAAACCAGGUCUGCCUUCUGAAGGAUGUUCGCAUCUCUCCCGUGCUUCAAAACAAUAACCUCCAGACUCCGUUCCCCUGGAUGUGGCUCUAAUGUUGCUAACAAAAUGGAGCAGAGCUUAAAAACAGAAGCACCCACAUGCUAUACGCAUUCACCAGUGCUCAGGUUUGGAUAUCACUGCAGCGAGUAAAAGAGGAAGAACAUACUUGGUGCCAAAGAUGUCUCGUUAGCACAGCUGCCUAAAAACCCUCGAAGCUCAUGCAGCAGACAGACAGCUGUUUACCCAAGAUCUGUGAAGCUGGGUGUGGCUCUCGUGGCAUGACGACCACUAACAAGGGCAACAAGGCGUUGAAGGUGAAAAGGGAGCCAGGAGAGAAUGGGACCACCCUUACAGAUGACGAGCUGGUGGCCAUGUCUGUGCGGGAGCUGAACCAGCACCUACGUGGGCUCUCCAAAGAGGAGAUCCUGCAGCUGAAGCAGCGGCGGCGCACCCUGAAGAACCGUGGCUACGCUGCCAGCUGCCGCGUGAAACGCGUCACUCAGAAGGAAGAGCUGGAACGCCAGAAGGCCGAGCUGCAGCGGGAGGUAGAGAAGCUAGCCUCUGAGAAUGCCAGCAUGAAGGUGGAGCUGGACGCACUGCGCUCCAAAUAUGAGGCCCUGCAGAGCUUUGCCAGGACAGUGGCCCGCAGCCCUGUGGCCCCCACACGGGGCCCUAUUGCUUCCGUCAUUGGGCCCCUAGUCCCAGGCAAGGUGGCUGCCACCAGCGUCAUCACAAUAGUCAAGUCAAAAACAGAUGCCAGAUCCUAGUAUUGGGCGCAGCUAGCAAAGAGGUGGCUAUCACAAGGAACUGGUCAGUGCAAAUCUGUCAGUACAGAUGUUUAAGUAAAUUUCCACCCCCCCUCCCCAGGCUGACCAUUCUCCAGAAAUCGUACUCAAACUGUCAUGCUGCAGGGAGUGCUACUUAGCCGUACUCCUCAACCCCAGCCAAGCUAUAUGUGCUGAACUAUUCUGGCAGUUACUGAAUGCGGUGCUUUAAGUGUUAUGUUAAAAUAUUUCUCCUAGCAACAGUUGGUUUUAUGAGGUUUUUUUUUUUAGAAAACCCAGUUAGGUAUGGGUGUGUGCCAUGCUAGGCUCCAUCCUCAUGACUGAGGCUUGAAGACCAUUAAGCACUUGACCUGACGACAUCGUGGUUACGUGCCUUCAUGAUUCACUUGGGCAGAGGAACCACCAGAGGGACCCAAACCCUCAUGUGGUGAGAGCUAUCUAUCUAUCUGGGGGGGACCUACGGGCAAUGUUUGCCAUCACCAUUCACCAGAAGCUACAGGCGAUUACGCAUCCCGGAUUCACCUGAACAGCAUGUCUUUUGACUGUGGGAGGAAGCCCACACAAACACGGGGAGAACAUGCAAACUCCUGGGGCAGUAUUACUUGGUCAAACAUUACCUGUAUCUGAUGCUUUGCACUGACCAAUAUUCAGGGGAAGUAGAGGUUCAAUAUCUGGAACGGCGCUCUGAAUUUAGAAGGCAGCAGGAAUUUUCCCCAGAAGACCAGCUUAUGAGAUUGGGUAGUCCUUCUUUCUAAGAGUAAUUUUAGAAAUUAUUUUGAUAAUUCUGUGCAAUUGUUAUUGAAAUCUGUAGUUCUAUGUUUAGGGUAAUAUGCUGGUAUUUCUUGGUGAUGUUUACAACUUACAUUUGAACAAUAUUAUAAUAAUAGGGCAAUAAUGUAUUUUUAAAAAUGUGGUUCUAUGUUAAUUAAUAAGCAGAACUAAUCAGUCAUCUUUCAGAUCAAGCAGAUUGAUCUGCAAGAAUAAUCUUCCCAUGUUUCCUGUAACUGUGAUGUUAUUCUCUUGACAGAUGAAAUAAAUACCGUGUUACUCAAGCAUUCUAAAAUGACAAAUAUGGUGGCACAGCGAUACAUAGGUAGUAUACAAUAACAAAACUCUUUGACUUUUGUAUGUAUCCCAUUUAGGUUGAUGGUCACCUGUGGAAUUGGGUAAAAUUUUAGUCCGCUAGAUAGCAAAUGCUCUUUCGUUCUAAAAAUGAGGACCAGCUGAUCAGAUAAGUAGGAAGAGUAGAUAAUAGACUAGCCAAACAUAUUUUGUAAGCUUUACUAUUAAAGUUGUGAGUGU